GGAAGAAACGCUGGUUCGUCCUGCGCAGUGGCCGGAUGAGUGGUGACCCUGAUGUGCUGGAGUACUACAAAAAUGACCACUCCAAGAAACCUUUGCGUGUGAUCAACCUCAAUUUCUGUGAGCAAGUGGAUGCAGGCCUGACAUUCAACAAGAAGGAGCUGCAAGACAGCUACAUCUUUGACAUCAAGACCAGUGACAGGACCUUCUACCUGGUGGCUGAGACCGAGGACGACAUGAACAAAUGGGUUCGCAGCAUCUGCCAGAUCUGUGGCUUCAACCAGUCUGAGGAGAACACAGACACCCUGAGGACCAUUGCCUCCAUGAACCAUGCACCACGGUCCUCCCCAGCAGAGCUCAGCGGCGCCAGCCACCACCUGCUGCGAGAGCGCAAGUCCUCAGCACCAUCCCACUCCAGCCAGCCCACCCUCUUCACCUUCGACUCACCCACCAGCCACCUCCAGAGCACCCUGUCUGCCAGUGCCCCCCAGGACUACCUUUUCCUCCACCAGUGUAUGAGCAGAAAGUCAGAAAAUGCAAGGAGCGCCAGCUUCUCCCAAGCGACGAGAUCCGCCUUCUUCAUGCGGAGCGACACGGCGGUCCAGAAGCUCGCCCAGGGCAAUGGCCACUGUGUGAACGGGGUCAGUGGGCAGCUCCAUGGCUUUUACAGCCUGCCAAAGCCCACCCGGCACAACUCAGAGUUCAGGGACAGUGCGUACGACCUCCCGCGCUCCUUCGGCUCCUACACCCACCCCAAGUCCAGCCUCACCAGCUCCGAGACGGAUAACGAGGAGGUCUACACCUACAAGACUCCCAACAACACCCUGUGCAAGGAGUUUGGGGAGCUCUCCACGGACUCCUAUGACAUCCCUGCCACCCCACUCUCCAUCUACCAGAUCCCCAGGACAUUUACACUGGACAAGAACCACAACGCUCUGGCUGUGGCUGCCAACGACUCACCUGCUGCGCCGCCCCCUCGGCCUCCAAAACCUGGGCAGACAGAGCCAAGGUGGGGCAGCCCACCCCAGAGGCCCCAGCCUGGUGAAAACUUAGGGCUGGGCCCCAUGGCAGCCACCAUUCCCCGGAGAAACACGCUGCCAGCAGUGGAGAACAGCAGGCUGCACCGAGCUUCUUCUUGCGAGACGUACGAGUACCCCCAGCACGGGGGAGGCAGCAAUGUGCACUCGGUCGAGUCGAUGAACGACGGGUACAACUCCUACCUGCAAGCCAAGGCAGCGGUGACCCGCACCCACAGCACCGACUCCGAGGACAACUACGUCCCUAUGAACCCCGGCUCCUCACCCCUCAUCCAUGCCGAGAAGGCCAACGACAAUGCCCAAAAUCUCUACAUCCCCAUGAGCCCUGGGCCGCAUCACUUUGAGCUGGUGGGGCUGUCCUCAGCCACCCUCCCCGUGCACAAAGGAGGAGCCAUGGCCCAGUGCCACAGGCGGUUGAGUGAGAUCCAACCCCCACCAGUCAACCGCAACCUCAAACCCGACCGGAAAGCAAAGCCAUCACCUCUGGACCUGAGGAACAACACUGUUAUUGAUGAGCUUCCCUUCAAAUCACCAGUCACGAAAUCCUGGUCCAGGCCAACCCAGACCUUCAACGCCGGCUCCCUGCAGUACUGUCGCCCUGUCUCCUCCCAGAGCAUCACCAGCACUGACUCAGGAGACAGCGAGGAGAACUACGUGGCAAUGCAAAACCCCAUUUCUGCUUCUCCUGUUCCUAGUGGCACCAACAGCCCAGCACCUAAAAAGAGCUCGGGGAGUGUGGAUUAUCUGGCCCUGGACUUCCAGCCAAGCUCACCAGGGCCACACAGAAAGCCCUCCACCUCGUCGGUUGCCUCAGAUGAGAAGGUGGAUUAUGUGCAAGUGGACAAGGAGAAGACCCAGGCUCUGCAGAGCACCAUGCAGGAGUGGACGGAUGUGCGGCAGUCGUCAGAGCCCGCCAAGAGCACAAAGCAGUAGUGCCUGGGGCAGGCAGUGAAACAGGCAAAUGUCCUGCUGGUUGUCCCCAGCUGGGGCCUGCUGGGCUGCCAGCUCCACUUGGGCUGGAUCUCUUAAGACUCGUCUGCAGAGUGGAGGGGGUCUUCAUUUUUAUUUUUUAUUUUUUUUCUUUUAAGACAAAAGGAAACUUAAUUUCAGGGGAAGACUUGGCGGAUACUGUUUGCCAGUGAUAAAGACCAGAUGUCUUUGGUGGCAAGGACUGUGCUUUAGCUGCUGGAUGCCCUAUCCAGGAGCUUGAACUUAGCAAUACCAGUUUUCACCCUACACAUCAUUUGCUUACAGCUAUUAAAGCCACCGUGUAUGUGCUAACACUGCAUCAUCUCUCCCCGUCUUCUUCCAUGCCAUACUCCCAAACCAUGCCAUCCACCUUUGCAGCAUCUCUCAUAGGACAUCAUCCCCAGCUCUGAUCCCCCAUUCCUCAUGGUUGCCCUCUUCUCUGCCUCCUCCCAGUCCUAGAAC